CUCACGGCGGAGAAGGGGGUUUUCCAGUCGUGUAUAUAGCACGGCAUUGGUCCACUAUUUGCACGAUAUCGUGUAUAUAGACGGUCCGUUCAAGAUGGAGAAAAGUGUCGAGACUUUGGAGGCUAUGUUUCAGAAAACAGAGUCGGAUCUUGACUACCUGUCAAGAAAGCUUGACUUUGAGUUUGACAAUUCCGGUAAUGCAGAGGCCAACCCAGUCCGCUUGAUGCAGAAGGUGUCUGAGAUCAAGAAGGAAUAUGGCAACAUUGUUCAGGAGGCGGUCGCCAUACAGGAGACGCAGAAGGAGGCAAUGGACUAUUUCCGGUCUCAGCUGCUGUCGGCCUGUCAGAUGCUCCAGAAACUCCAGACAGACACGGAAGCUGAGUCGGAGAGUGUGGAGAAGCCGGCAGCCCUGUGUCAGCUGGAGCAGCUCCUGGGUGUCGACACAAGCUCCAUCACUCAAACAGCUUCAGCAGCUGCAGCAGAAACACCGCAUCAGCAGGACCAGGGAGGGGGGGAUAUCUCUGCAUCAACACAAGUUGCCGAGGCCAAGAGUGAAGCUCCAGGAGGCGAGCCCCAGGUGUCGCCGAGCUCUCGGAGGGAGGGUUGUACAGAGAUGGUGGAAGUGUCACAGGCAGAGUUUGAGUCCGUGUCGGCACUGGUCAGGGGCAGAGUCAAGCUGGCCGACGUCAAUACUACAUACAGCGUGCUGUGGAGACACUUUAAGGAUGAAGGCAACAGCGCGCCCCUGAAUGCGCCCGACAUGCACAAGAUGGGGCUUCGCGUCACUGGAGCCACUGGGGAGGCCAAGUUGAAGGUUCUGCGAGCCUUGAAGUUACUCAACAUGACAAGGAAAGGGGAAGUAACUCUAGUGUGAUUCCUUCAGGGAUGACCUGCCUGGUUCAUUAACACUGCCUGUACUAUCUAGUACUUGGAGAUAGUGCUGUAUUUUCUUCAGGGUUUUGCUGGUUUAGCUAGCUUCAGCAAUUGCUGAAUAAUUCAUAUUCUGGUGGAAAAUACUGAAGAGAUCAGUGGAUGGGUAUUUGGUUGAGUGAGUGAGUGUGUAUGGUUUUAUGCUGCUUUUAGCAAUAUUCCAGCAAUAUCACAGCGGGUGACACCAGAAAUUGGCAUCACACAUUGUACCCGGGUCUUCAGCAUGACAAGAAGACCAGUAAAGAUCCAGGGUAGAACGGGUGUACAGGAAACAUUGCUUACCCUAACAGGCGACCAUCACUGUCACAAGAGGCAAAUCGUGUGGUCAGGUUCGCUGACUUGGUUGAUGCAUGUCAUCAAUCCCAAUUGCGUGGAUCGAGGCUCAAGAUCUCAAUCACUGUAUUGUCUGGUCCAGACUCGAUUAUUUACAGACAGCCGCCAUAUAGCUGGAAUAUUGCUGAGUGCAGUGUUAAACAAUACACAAACAAACAGAAAUAUGACAAGCGAACACUUUAACCACUAGGCUCCUGUAGGGUAUGACAGGAUUAUGUUAAUGAGAAAAAAUAUCCCUCAGAGAGGCAUCUCAUGUUUUUCUUCUGUCCUGUACUCAAGUUUUAUGAAUAUACACAAACCACGCAAGUGACUGUAUAAGCCACCAUGUUGUUUUUUACGGAUGAGAAGUUCCCUGUUUUGGGGUUAUUUUGUUUAUUUUUGAGUGGAGUGCUAUUGACAUAAUUUCAACAUUCAUCAAGAACUUUUAUUAGUCAUAUGCAUUUACAAUGAUGGGGAAGUCAUGCACCAUGCUCAAAAUCACAUAAUGUUAAUUAAUAAAAUAGUGCAUCGGAAAAUACAGUAAGGGGCCUGCUUGCGCUGUAGUUUUCUUUCCUGUGCCACAAAGUUACUUGAUUGAUUUAUCACUGUUUAUCACAAUUUAAUUUCAGCAUUACAAUCAAUAAAUCUCUAAUUUGCCACCAUCUUUGUUUAUGCCGGGUGGUGGGGUAGCCAAGUGGUUAAAGCGUUUGCUGGUCACGCGGAAGACCCGGGUUCGAUUCCCGACAUGGGUACCAUGUGUGAAGCCCAUUUCUGGUGUCCCCCGCCGUGAUAUUGCUGGAAUAUUGCCAAAAGCUGCGUAAAAUCAUACUCGCUCACUCACUUUGUUUAUACCAUAUUCAUUUGUACAAAAUCUUUUGGGGUUUUUAUUCCUCCCAAAACGUACUGAUUACGAAUAAUUUGAUCUGGUUAUAUCAUGUUUUUGCUCAGUGCUGUCCCUACCUAAUAUGGAAUGUAGGUCAGGUGAUACCGAGUGUUCUUGUGUACAUUGCGCACAUUGCACACUUGAGUACAAAUGCUUUUUGAGCAUUGUGCAGUCGAAAACUACAGUGUUUGACUUCAGGAGAAUAAACAUCUAGGACACGACAAACUUGGUGAUGAAAAUGAGAAAUUUGCGAUAAAAUAUUUCUGUUAUGCUGGACAUUGUUUAACCGCCGUCAUAAAGCUGGAAUAUUGCUGAGUGUGGUGUUAAACAACAAACCAAACCAACAUUGUUUAAUAUGCAGAGAUUAAAAUCACUGUAACUUCUUUCAGUGGCAUUUAGAAGUUGGUGUGAUGAAGUAAGACGAGUUCUAUGGAUGAACAACUUCUUUAUUACAAUUAGUGCGACGUUUCGGUGUAGAUCCUAACACCUUUAUCAAGCAAGUGUAGGUGUUAGGAUCUACACCGAAACGUCGCACUAAUUGUAAUAAAGAAGUUGUUCAUCCAUAGAACUCGUCUUACUAAAAUCACUGUGUGUAUUAGUCAUGUAAACUAAAUGCAGAAAUAGAAAUCAGCUGUACACACAUUAUCUCCCAAUCUACCGGUGAUUCAUUUAAAAAUUAUGCAAUAAUAUCACUUAUAAGAAUCUUGCUACAGUGAACGGAUCAAUUCGUGUCUGAAACUAAUUUACAAGGACUAAUAUAUUCCAUAUCGUGUUAUAUUAGUUGGAGCUUUAACUAUAUAUUUUUUGUGAUAAAAACAAUAAGUGUAGCAUGACAGCCGAUUGCUAUAUCCGGAUAUGUUGUACGUAUGGAACAAUUUGUCCAGUCACUAUUCAGGCUUCCUGCCUUUGGCGACUACAAUUGUGAAAAUGGUAUGGUUACAUAUAAUAGUCAAACGACAUCAAAUAUGACUUUUAACGAUUUAAAGUAUGGCAUUAUGAUAUAUAUGGAUCCAAACUCUGUCAACUAUUGUUCGCGUCAAGGCCUCAAUAGCGAUACUAUGAUAGUUGGUGCUGUAAAUAACGCUGAGUUGGUGCAAUCUAAUUGUACAAACAUUUUUAAUAAAAUUGUUAAAAUUUAAUAAAAGCAUAAGUCCAGAUGCACAACAAACACGUUAUUACCAGCUAGUGUAACAGCUGGAUUCAACUGCACAGAAUCAGUACAGAUUUGUUAAUAUUCUGUUUCGAAUGAAUGACGCAGAUGUGUAUUGUGGGAAUACAAUGAAUUCUGCUGGCUGCAUUGAUCACCCCAUUGAUAAGUUGGUCCAUGGUAUCAUAAAGGGUGUUAUCGCGAAGUAUGACGAAGUAUGACUGUGGUUUCGUUUGUAAGUUGGCACUGCGAUAUUUGUAAAUGAAAUAACACGUUAUUGUUUGAAGUUCAAGAUUAAGAUUAUUAAGGUUAAAAUGUUUUACUCAGCUACAAUCCUAAGUUAUGUUCAAUUGAUGACUGAUUGCAAUUGGCAAUGGCCCCUGUAGUGAAAUUAUUGGCACAUACAUGCAAAUAAGGGCCCAUAAAAUUUGUGAACAAGGGGCCACAGGUGCGGGAAGAAAAUGUUCCUCCCCAUCACUGUAUUAUACUCUCUGUUAUAUCUGAUAUCUACUCAGGAAUCGUGUGUCUGGAAUAUUUGGAAUAUUGCCGAGUUUGGCAGUGCGUUAAACAACAAACAAAUAUCAGACAAUGAGGUGGCCCAGUUGUUGAAAGUUCCGAGUUCGAUACCCCACACGGUACAGUGUGUGAACCUGGGUCUGGUGUCACCAACCUCCAUGGGGAUUCCAGUAAAAAAAAGUCCCUAGCAAUCUUGUGGUAAGAGUCGAGUAAAUGGAUCAGGAUUUCAUCCUCGCUUACUUGGUUGAUUGUGUGUCAUAACCUAUAGCUAUCUGUUUCACUGAAACUUUGCUAACCAUCAUUAUGGCUGUGAGGUGCCGCAAUGCGCUGUGCAGAGUUGUGUCCCUUCUGCACGCCAGAAACCGGUUUCAAAUACUGGCUCACCCCGAUUAUGUUUCUAGGUUUGUCAGCACCAUACUCGUGUCAGCACUAGUGGUGGGACGAUACGUCGAUGAAUCGGUGGAUCACGAUAAUUAAUUCCGAUACAAGUAUCAAUCACAGUCUCACACUAAGUAAAACUUACAUCGAUUCAUACCUUAAAUGAUUACUUUAACAGCUGUUUCACCGAACACUAAUUACUAGUGAAAAAGUAAAUAUUUUCAUCUAUUGCGCCAUACUUGACACUGCUAACUGUAAAUCGUCAGUGUGCCAGGUAUUUGACUAUCCUGUCUAUGAAAAAGAUGGCUUACACACAACAGAUAAGAGUAUCAGAUCGUGAACAGCCUAUCAUGACAGGUAUCAGAUCGCACAGUUACUGUAUGGGCCCAGCCCUAGUCUGCACCAUACCCUGUGGGUUUCACCAAAGUGAUAAACGCAUCACUUCAUGGCUUGCCUCCCAUUUCACGCUGACAACGGCCGGACUGUUCACAGCAGAAUUGAACCCAACUCACUAACUCUUUUGACAUCAGAUGUGAUGAUGAUUUUGAAAUCAUUUUGUUCGAUAGUCUGGUUGUAUACUGUUUACUUGCUGAUCUAUAUACACUGUCAAGAUUUGUGUACAUGUUUAUUGUAUGUAUUUUGUUUUGUAAUGAGGAUUUGUUGAUUUGUGUAAAUAAAUGUAAAUAUAAUU